GCGCUGUUGUUUCUUAACCACAUUGAACCGCCGCCAUGUUGGUCCUAGGCUAGCUCCAGUUGUCCGCCGCAGUUGUUGUUGUUCCCUCCAAAGCUCCAAGCAUUACACUUCCCCGCUGCGCAUCGGCGAAAUGGUGAAUUAGCCAAAGAAAACGAAAAAAAGAAAAGAAACUAAAUGAUCCCCGUCACGGCGUAGUCGGCAGGCUUCAGGCAUCAUGCAGGAAUAUAACUUUGAUGAAUAUGACAAACCUGGAACUGAGCGUUCACGCAGGAGAAGAGGUGAAGAUGACGAUCUGGACAGUGACUUGGAAGAGGAUUUACUGGGGGAAGAUUCACCGUCGGGUAAAAGGAGCCUUUCUGAAGAUGAAGACGAGGAGCUCACCGAUGCACUUCUUCAAAGUGAUGAGGAUGAUCUUAUGAGCGGUCCGGAUGUGAGCCUCAACGCCUCAUACAGCUUGGGAACGUCCCUCGUCCAGGCCUCAGACGCCAAGCUGGGCACAGACCACAUGGAGGCAGGGGACGUGGAGCAGGGGGGUGACGAGGACUACACGGAGGACUACAGCCAGGAUGAUGUGCAUGAAAACCAAGUGGAUCAUACUGAGGAUGAAGUGCUCGACAUCCAAAUCAAUGAGCCCUUAGACGGCGACUUUCAAGACAAUGAAUACCAAACCUGCUAUAAUGAAGGAGCUGAGCAGGAAGUGCCCCCAGAGGGGGAGGAGUUGGGGGAUCAAGAUCAGCAAGCAAGAGAAGAUUCUGCAGCGGGCUCUCAGGUCUUUGACACAGAUGUGGUUGAAAACGAAGGUGUGCCUGAAGAAAAACUAAAGGAGGACUCCGACGAUGAGGAGGAUGAAGACCAAGGGUCGGGCCGGAUCCGUUUCAAAUCCGAGAGAAAGGAUGGUGGUGUUGUGCGUCUGGCUGACACAAGCACAAAGAGGAGGAAUAUCCCUGAAACAUUAGAACUGUCAGAGAAGGCCAAAAAAGAUCUGAUCGAGUUUGAGCAACAAGAACAGCAGAAGCGGCAAAACCGUUACGGGGGCCGAGGAAGAGGGAACUUUUCCAGUUUUGGAAUGCACAAUUUGAGAGGAGGAAACAGAGGAAGAAUGAAUAACCACAAGUUCCAUCAGAGAGGCAACAUGGGCAUGCAGCAGUCCCCUCGAAUGCCUCUCCUCCUUCUUCCCCAUCAGCAGCCACUGUACUCCCAGCAGCACCACCACCACCCCUCCCGGCCGAGAGGACCUUCCCCCUUUCAGGAGCACGGACGGCCACAUGGCCAGCAGCCCCUCCAACCUCUUAUCCCACCGCACAUGACUCACCGCUCGCCACCUAUACAGCCCCAGAUGGAGCCACCCUCACGACUGAUGGGGUCCCCGCCACCCAGUUUCCCUCAUCAUCAUAACCACCACCACCACCAGCAGCAGCAGCAGCAGCAGCAGCAGCAGCAGCAGCCACCUCAACAGCCCAAAAACAUCCACAUCAACCCCCACUUUAGAGGCUCAGCACCAUCGUCUGUGCAAGUGCCCUUGAUGCCUCCUGCUCCGAGCCAGCCUAGACCUGCUGUGGGUCCUCAAAGGUUCCCGGGGCCGGGAGACUUCCACCAGCACAUGCCAAAUAAUUUUGGUCAGACUCAGCGCCCGCCUCAUCUCAUGGAGCCCUUCAGGAAUCAGUCUCAUCAAGGCCCUCAGGACAGAGAGCCCCUCUUUAUUGGAGAACACACCGAUCCAGCACGCUUUCCCGGGCAGCACUUAUUUGAUCACCUGGGCCCCAACCCGCUGAUGAACACCAAUCUGCAUCAGCAGCAGCAGCAGCAGCAGCAGCACAUACCCGGUCAGGGACACAUAAGCUUCGGCCUUCCAGGUCCUGCAUUUGGCCAGCCUGGCCAGGGCCUACCAGGACUGUUUCCGAGGGAACCGAUAAGACCGGGCCUCCCUUCUCCCCAAGGUCACCAGGGGAUGGUCGCCUUGAAUCAACAAGGACCUCCUCCCAACCAGCCCAGGCCCUUCCUGAGCCCUCGUCAACCCUUCGCUCAGCAGGGGAAUAUUUUCCCCCCACCACAGGCCCAGUUUGGGAUGCAGGGCUUGAUCCACGGACCCCCGCUCCCUCAGCCUCCCCACCAGGACCCCCUGCCCACACAUCAGUCCAUCCACCAACAGCAUCAUAGGCAGGAGCUACUACACCAGCAGCCGCCACAACAGCUAAAUCUCAACGAGCCUCCCCAAUUGCUGCAUCACGGACAGAAUCUCUUUCAUGCGCAGCAUGGCAGUCCGAGACAGGGCAGUCCCCGCCUUCAAAAUCUCCAACAGCGCAACAUGUCCAAUAGACAAAGAAUGAACAAACCUGUUUCCAAGCAAAUGCAAAUGCAUCCUCAGCGCAACAGCAACCUUCGGGAGCUCCCCAUAGCACCUGGCAACACAAACAUGAACAGCACCCGCCCCACCGGCUCCCUUCCCACUAACGUCAGGCCUGUUGCCAAGGCAACACAGGGGGUGCGUCCCGUGCAACAUGCUCACGCCGUGCCUGGCAAUGGCAGAGGAAGAGGCCAGGUCAUUGCCAAGACUCCCUCACAGCCUGGGGCCAUAGGCAGGACUGUGGUUUGCAAAGAAGUCCCAAGCAGCACAGCACCACAGGACCCGGAUGAGGAUGAGGAGACCCGGCUGUACCGUAUGAAGAUUGAGGAACAGAAACGCCUCAGGGAGGAGAUCCUAAAAAAGAAGGAGUUGAGACGGCAGAUGCAAGCCGGCGUCAGGAAGAAGGAGCUCCUGGAGCGGAUCAACACCCAAACGCUAACCCAAAGCCUGGCUCCUUCGCAGAUUCAACCAUCUCAACAAAACCAACCAGCACCCCCCUUAAUACAGCACCCAGCGGUACCGCUAACACAACCACAGCAGCCCCAGGAACAAAGACAGCUGCAACAGCAGAGACCAAGUACACAGCAAUCAUUAAAUCAGCGAAAUAAUCUUAAUCAUAGCAACCCCAAUGGUGCGGCUCCUAUGCAAACGCAUCGUCCCGACGUCAAGUCACGCUUGCAAAUGCUAAAGGGAAAUAACCAGCAACCACAGACUCCCAACCUAUGUCCAGACCAGCAGUGGAGACAGCCCUCACAAAUCCUCCAGCAGCAGCAGAGAAAGCCAGUCGGACAGCAGAAUGCAAACAAACCAGGCAUUCCUAACCAGUUUGCUCAGGUCCCCCUUCAGAGUUUACUCCUGACUCCCCCAUUUGGGCCUGGUCAGCCCCAGGCUCAAGGACUUAAACCCGGGGCUAAAAGAACUGUAAUGCAGCGGGCCAAGCUUGCUGACAGUGAAGGCCAGCAGGUGCCGCAAAAAGUCAGAGUGGUCAAACUUUCAGGCGGGGUGGGGAAGGGAGCGGAGGCCAUAAAUAUCCCAAUGCAGCAGCAGCAGCAGCAGCAAGGCGUCUGGUUGGAAAACCCUGUGAAGCAAGGCGUCCAAAGGAAUGUAACCAUGGGAGGACAGCAACAGCAAGGAGCCGGCCGAGGGGUCAUCGGCCACCUGCAACAGAACAGGGUCAUGGUGUCCGGCCGAGGCAGGGGCGGCUCCCACAUGGGUCGCGGUGGUCCGGUGGCCGCACAGCAAGCCCAGAGGGCCAACGAAAAUCAACGGCGCACUGUCACUAUCGAGGGCCUCUCGUCAUCCACGACUGAUAUGCAACUGCAGAGCCUAUUGAGAUCCAUUGGCCCCAUAGAGAGGUUCACAAUGAUGCCUCAGCAAAGGAAAGCAAUUGCCACCUUUUCAAAUCCUCAGCAUGCAGCGAGCUUCCAAAUGAGCUUCCACAGGCACAUGAUCGAUUUGUCCCACAUUGACGUGAAGCUGAUCGACGGAUGAGGAGCACACUAAUGAGAAGAGGUCCGAUUUCCGCAGCCCUCCCCUCCGCACCUCCGGCCUCGCUGUAGGCUCCUCCGCCGCCACUGGUUCAGGGUCAGUCAGCCAUCCUUUGUGCUCGGAGGCGGCGUCAUUCACCUUGUAACAACAAUGAGACUCGCAGCAUGCUCAACAACACCCACCGAUGUGCAAAAGCAGAGAAUCAACACUUGAAGUCUAGUUUGUGUACGUCACACUUGGACGCUAAGUAUGUCUUCUCCUGGGAUAAUGGUUGCUCCCCUCCACGUCAACAUACUUUACAAAAGCAAGGGAGUGAAACAGCGUGCAGAUGUAGUGAGCCGUUUUUCUCUGUAGAGGGCAGCAUUUAAUCACGGAUGCCGGUGAUGUUUUCUGUGGGCAAUGGCGCUCCCAAGUGGACAAGUGGGGACACUGGAAUUAAGGGGACGUGUCUCGCAUGUGGCACUUUAUGCUUUUGUCUUGGUUCUGGUAGUGGAUUUAGGGAGUAACAAUAGUUCCUACUUAUACUGUCUUUGAGUACAGUUUUUGUAUGUUUUAUUUGUCUGAGAAGGAAUAGUUGGAUAAAGGUUUUUUAUUAGGCAGCGCUGCAUUUUUGGUUUUGGACUGAGGCUUUGUUUUCAUGAUAUUAGUAUGAAUAUAUACUAAUGGUUAAAGGGGUGCUUGUCUCCUGUAUAUAUACAAAGGAUCGCUCCUCUCUUUAUUUAGUCCAAGGUCUGAGCAUUACUUUUAUGGAUUUUGUGGGUAGAAAAAGGACCUCCAUCAGGAUUCUUUGAAGGCUCUUCAAGUGUGAACGAAAAGUCAACUUGAUGCACUUUUUAAUUUGCUCUGGCAAAACUUACAAACCCAAAUUCCAUUUUUUUUAACGUCACACUCAAAUAAUUUAUAAUUAAGCAAUGAAUGUCUCAUUCUAAUAGCAGUCAACCUCAGUUUUCUUUGCGUAGAAGGUGAGGGGGCAACCAUUAUCUGUGUAGAAAUGUUGUACAUAAUCACUAUUUACCCCACAAGCGUUGGUUUGGAGCUAACUCAGGCGGUGACAUUUUUUUAUUAUCCAAGCAGAAGGUCCAGGCAUAAAUUAGUUUCACUGUUAGCUUGUGUCAAAGUGGCGGACAAAAAAACAUAUUUGUGUUGACGAGACAAAACCUCUUGAGGGAAAAUAAAAAAUAUGGCCAAUAUAGCCGUGAACCCGCGGGUAUGUGAAGCCUGUUGAACUGUA